GGUUGCAGGUGCUAUUCUUCAAUUGAACCAGUCUCGAAUUCUUUUUCCUCCAACCCUCUGUUUACCUGUUGGCCACUCUUAAAACCUGGCACAGUGGAGCCUGCGUUUCGCAGCUCCAGAGUGACUGGGACAAUGUGACUGGGCAUGCUCCUUAGGUAGGGCUGAUUUGGGACACACUGCGUCUUGAAUGAAGGCUUUCAACGCUGCUUGUUUCAGGAGUCGACGCAUCUUCAUUGUGGGGUUAUAUUGAGACAUUGCAAUCCCUCCCACGCUCUUGGCCGCCACGCUUGUUAAUUUUAUCCCCGUGCCCAAUUUUGUAGCCAGCCUUCCUGGAUCUCGCGGCCAAUCAAGAGCCUACACAUUGUUGCCUAAGAGACCCCGGAUGCCAGCAACAGGAUUUAUAGACGGUGAUUGGGCUGCUGGAAGCUGGGAGGGGUGAGGGGCUGGGGGGAGUCAGAGAAAAAGCUGACCUAAUGCAACUGUGGCAACGUCAGCGCUUGAGGCUUGAAGCGGGAGACAAGCUAAAAGAGGAUAUCCAGUUGUUUCAUGAUGGCAUUUGCACCUCCAAAAAACACAGAUGGUCCCAAAAUGCAGACAAAGAUGAGCACUUGGACACCCUUAAACCAUCAGCUCUUGAAUGACCGGGUAUUUGAAGAAAGAAGAGCCCUGCUUGGAAAAUGGUUUGACAAGUGGACAGACUCUCAAAGAAGAAGAAUCCUAACGGGCCUGUUGGAGCGUUGCUCGCUGUCCCAGCAAAAGUUCUGCUGUCGAAAGCUUCAGGAGAAAAUUCCAGCAGAAGCCCUGGACUUUACUACCAAGCUUCCAAGGGUGUUAUCUUUAUACAUCUUUUCUUUCCUGGACCCCCGGAGCCUUUGUCGUUGUGCACAGGUGUGCUGGCACUGGAAGAACCUAGCUGAGCUGGACCAGCUCUGGAUGCUGAAAUGUUUACGGUUCAACUGGUGCAUCAAUUUCUCCCCAACUCCCUUUGAGCAGGGGAUCUGGAAGAAGCACUAUAUUCAAAUGGUGAAAGAACUUCACGUUACCAAGCCUAAGGUGAAUUUUAGACAAAAAGCCGCAAGCUUACAAAAAUCGGCUCUUUUUUCCUACUGCUUUCCAAUUUACAGAAGAAGAAAGAGAAACGAAAUGACCCCAGAUUUCAGCCGACAGUCACAUGAUAAGAAAAAUAAAUUGCAGGACAGAACUAGGCUAAGAAAAGCACAAUCAAUGAUGUCCCUAAGUUCCAGCUCUCCCCUAAAAGUUCCAGCUCAUCUCGCCUGGCCUCCCCCUGAGUCAGUGGGACUCCCAGGCACUGCCACCGCAGCCGAAAUUCUCAUGCAGCAUCUUCAGAGGCACCCUGGGGCCCAAGCAUGACUCAUCCAGGUUCCAGAGCCAAAGCACCCUGAACAUGGAAGGACCUUUAUUAUAGAAACAACAAGAUGCUUUGCACGGUGGAGAGCUGAAUUGACUUGGCUCCUCUUGGAAAGUCUUUCCGCUUAAGUACUUUUUGUGGUAGUGAGUCCUGCAGUAUUUCAGUAAAGAGGAAUUCAUGGGAUAAAUGCAGACAGAU